AGUUAUGCGGUGUGUAAUAAUGUUUACACUCGAACGGUGAACUUUAAUGAAUCUUUCUCUUUCAACAUUCAACAUCCAUAACUGUGAAUCUAUGCAUUCCGAUUUGAGGACGGCCAUUGACCUAAGGUGUGGCUUGGCUGAUACUUGACAAGUUGGGCAUCUAUGAGGUCUUAAUUGCCCUCCAUGGGGAGAGUGAGUCUUUCUUCAUGCAUAAUUCGCAUGUGUGGAUAGAGCAAUAAGACAAUAACCACCAUCCAUAUAUUCCCAUAUAUAUUGGUCUAUUGGUCAUGGAUGCAUUCCUAGCCAAAUUAUCUUACCACGCCACCAACUACGCCAUCAGAUCUUGUCUUGCUCUGACAUCCACUUAUGUCAUCCAGCAAGGCUCGCGGUUACUGAAGACAGUCGACGAUGACCCCCUACGCACCGAGCUAAGCCACCUGCAAAGACGGUUGGCUCGCAAGAUCGAGCUUGUCUCUCCCAUACUAGAAUCGAUUGAGUUCCGUUACACACGCGGAAACUCAGCUCUGGAGGUUGUGGUGCGUACAGCACAGGAGUUAAGAGCCAAUGUCGACUCUCUUGGGAAACGCCUUGAAAAUGCUGCCUUGGCAGAUGAAUCACGGCGGAAUGGGGGAGUUAAGAAUUCCACCGCCGCCUCCCUACGGCGCCUCGAAAUUCAGAGCAUCAUCACCGACAUCAAGCAGUUAAUUAUCGACAUUGAUGACUCCAUACCACUUAUCAAUCUCUGGGUAUCAGCCAUUGGGGGCAUCCAAACCCAGCCGUCCGGUUUCUCGCCGUCUCGUCUAUUGCAAGCUAGCAUGCUAGUGAAUGUUGGGGACACCCAAUAUAUCCUCAACUCUAGUACGCCUAUGCAGAUUGGUCCGGAUUUUAUGCUUUCUAUUUACAUGCUCUUUCGGGCUCAUACUUGUCUUGAAAAUCCUAGAGAACCAUAUGGCUUAGAAGAUGGUCAGCACAAGCCGCUAUGGCAGGAGGUGAUUCAUAAGGCUCGAGUCCGGCUCCGCAGGGUGCCACUUGAGGAUGAGCUCCACAAUAUGAACGGCUUGGGAACCAACGUCUCGUAUGUGGGUUACUCGUACCAACUUCAGAUUGUGGAAGAUCUAGAUGAUGGACGAGUUCACACACUUGAAGAUGGCGAUGCUCAACCGACUUCCUAUGAUGGUGUUCGUGCCGCUGGUAUUCGAGAAUAUGUCCCUAUCCAUCAAAUAUCAAAGAUGUUCUACGCAGAUGUUGGGAGGAUACUGAAUAUUAAUAAUGAUGACGGCGCAUCAAGUAAUCCAGUACUCCUGCUCAAGAGGGAUACCAAAGCUAUACAUGUAACCAAGGAAAUUGCAACAUCUGAUCACAUGGCACAAACAGGGUUGAUUCAAGACGUCGACGAAAGCACUAAAUCUAAUGGCACCUUGGAAGCCGAUUCCCAGGACGACAUCAAUGAUCAAGUUCAACUCCAGCUCCAACUCGAAAGCGAGAACAACCGGCCGACAAAGACUCCCAACCCUUUCAAAUUUCCUCAAGACCUGGAUCCUGAGUGGAUAGCCCUUGAAGUCUUCGACAUAAGCGACGACAGCACAGACGCCACAGACAACGAAGACGAGCCUACACCCGAAGAAGAGGACCAAGAUACGGAUGCCAAAAAUGAGGCUAUCCCAAUCUCACCGCAUCCUCGACGUAUAAAGCCUGCCUCCCGUCAUUCCGCCGACUCAAACUUGGUAUCGCAGCUCAGCCGAAUGAGCCUAGCCUCCUCCUCUCGCCCCUCCUCCCGCAACUCCGGCGCGCUAAUCCCCGAUGCCGGGACCUUGGACGAGGACCUACUCGAACGCUCCCCCUUCGGCGCUAUCCAAACCUCGCUCUCCCUCCUCGAGAUGCUGCUGCGCCUAACCAGCCUGCAGGAGUUCGAACAGACCACGCAUUUGGCGAUCCCCGAUCACGUCUUGAGAUUCUAUCUAGACGAGUCGACGUCGCGAGCCGAUGCCGAUGCUCCCGUUCAUCGCGGCGCUGGGGGAGGUCGGAGUUAGCGUCGUCGUGAUAGUUAUAUGUGAGGGUAGAGUGUGAGCAUUGGUCUUAGAUCGUUUAUUAACAGGCUAGAUAUCCCACCAAAACUAUGUUGCAGUUGUAAAGUACCUAUGAGUGAGUCCUACGUCUUGUGAGCGGUUUCGGACAGUUUCCAUAGACAAGACUCGCCUGAGUUGUACCAAGAUUGCAUGGCGUACGGUCUGCAAAGCAUAGAAAGACAAAUGAAUUAAUCGCCGAGGCGAAUAAUGAUAAUGCAAUCCAAAACAUGAGAAGUACAUAGGUAGUCAAGAUUAGAUCGA